AUGUCAGUUGGUUCAAAAGAUUUGAUAACAGAUCUUUUUUCUUAAUUUGAUCUGUUUUACAACAAGCAUAUAGGACCUUUCAAUUAGGUAGUUGCUCCUAUAAAUCAGGUUUUAGAAAAGAUAGCUAAAGAAGUAUUUGAUAAUGAUGUUACUUCUGACUAGAUUAAGCUUUUACUAUGUUUUGUAGGAAUCAUUCCAUUAGGAUUUAUUCUAUUCUAAAUAAAAUCUCCUCUUUUAAGACAUGUUUAUAGUUCUCUAUUGGGUUUUAUUUUAAGUUUUCUUGUGUACGGUGGUAAUGUAAUAUCCUCUCAUGUAAUGACUUUAGUUACUUAUAUUCUGUGUGCUAUAUUUGGUAGACACUCAUAAAAGGUUGUCUUUGUAUUCUGCCUUACUUUCUUAUCAGUCCAUCAUAUUUAUCGUCAAAUUACUGAUUACGGUGGCUGGAGGAUGGAUGUUUCUGUCAUACUCAUGAUGAAUUUCUGUAAGCUUGUCUCAUUUGCAUUUUGUUAUUCUGAUGGUUUCAAGGAUGAAAAAUAAUUGUCUGAGGACUAAAAAGAGCGUAGAAUAUAGAAGCUUCCUAAUAUUUUCAGCUUUUUUUCGUAUAUUAACUUUUUGGGCAGUGCAAUUGCUGGUCCUACUUUUGAUUACUAUGAAUUUGACAAUUUCAUCAACUUAAAGAAUGGAUAUGCAAACAUUCCUCACCCUAUUUUAGAUACCUUUAAAAAUCUAGGAAUAGGUAUGGUUUACCUCUUUAUAACAGCUAGAGUUCUUCCUAAAUUCCCCCUUGAACAUGUCCUCACACCAGAGUAUGGAGAUCUAAAUCUACUCUCAAAAGUUGUUUACUAUAAUUUAGCAAUUAUUAAAUUAGAGUAAGAUAUUAUGCAGGUUGGUUGA